CCCCGCCACUCAUCUCGCCCCAUCAGCUCAGGGUACGAAACAAGUACUCACAUUUGUAAAGCUUCCACUCCGGAGCUCUUUUCCACUUCCUUCCCACUCAAACCCCCUUCCUCCAACUCUCCCACCGUUCAUUGGAGCUUCAUACAUCUUCGUCCGAGUUGAAGCUUCGACAAGUCACCGCCAUCAUGCGUCUCAACCUCGCCGUCUCCCUCACGGCACUCCUGCCCUCCGUCCUCGCUGGCGCCGUCGUCGACCUCACCCCCAAGAACUUUGACGCCGAAGUCCUCAAGUCUGGAAAGCCCGCUCUCGUCGAGUUCUUCGCCCCCUGGUGCGGCCAUUGCAAGAACCUCGCUCCCGUCUACGAGGAGCUCGCCACGACCUUCCAGCACGCCGCCGACAAAGUCCUCGUCGCCAAAGUCGACGCCGAUGACCACAAGGAGCUUGGACGCAAAUUCGGUGUCCAGGGAUUCCCAACCCUGAAAUGGUUUGACGGAAAGAGCGACAAGCCCUCCGAGUACGAUGGCGGCCGCGAUCUCGAGAGCCUGCAGAAGUGGAUUACCGACAAGACUGGCGUUCGACCGAAGACCAAGGGCAAGCUCCCCAGCCAGGUUGCCAUGCUCGACAACACCUCUUUCAAGGAGAAGGUUGGAAAGGAUCAGGAUGUGCUUGUUGCUUUCACUGCUCCAUGGUGCGGACACUGCAAGAACCUUGCCCCAACCUGGGAACAAUUGGCUCUCGACUUUGUCACCGAGCCCAGCGUGUUGGUUGCUAAGGUCGAUGCCGAAGCCGAGAACUCCAAGGCCCUCGCUGAAGAGCAUGGCGUCACCUCCUACCCUACUAUCAAGUACUUCAAGAAGGGCUCCACCGAGGCGCUUCCUUAUGAGGGUGCCCGCGCCGAGAAGGACUUCGUGCAGUUCAUCAACACCAAUGCUGGUACCCACCGCACUGUCGGAGGUGGUCUUGACGCUACGGGUGGCACUAUCGAGGCCCUUGACACCAUUGUUACCAAGUUCCAGUCCGCAUAUGCCGACGGCAUUGAGGAGGCUAAGAAGGCUGCUGAGGGACUGCAGGACAAGUACGCCAAGUACUACGUCAAGGUUUUCGAGAAGAUCUCCGCCAACAAGGGCUACGCCGAGAAGGAGUUGAAGAGGCUCCAAGGCUUGAUCGGAAAGGGUAACCUUGCCCAGGAGAAGCUCGAUGAUUUGGCCAGCCGCAGCAACAUCCUCAGGAAGUUCUUGGGAGAACAGGAGAAGAGCGAGUUGUAGAACAGCAUAGAUGACGGACUGAUAUCGCACCCUGGCUGACGAUUGAUUCGCUCCGCCUUCAGGUCUGGGAUUAAAUGAGCAUGAAAAUAUUGGGACCACUUGGACUGUAUCCAUCUUUAGCGUGUAUGGCACCUAGUGUGUAUAUGUAUGGAAAAAUGACAUGGCGUUUUGCUUGACGAACUCUUUGAAAAUUGCUCGCUGAAAUGUUGUUUGAUAUGCAUGUAGCCAUCACAGCUACCUAGGGAAAUAAGAAACCCAAAACUCCUGCUCCCAUGAGUCCUGUCCCCAAUGCUCUUU